AUGUCUGAUCUCAUCGCAACACAGCACGCCUCAGAAAAGAAUGUAAAGUUCGCCUCCGCGACCCCCGCCCAGCGCGAGGCCGCAUGGCGCCUCAACGGCGUAUCAUGGGCCCCUCCCAUGUCCAUCGAGGCCUACAUCUCCCGUGAACUCGCGCUCUCCAAGACGGCUCUCUCAUCCAAGUGUAACUACUACGUUCUCUUCGAUCCGGCGGACCCAGAACACAUUAUCUCCUCCUGCGAAGCGACCGCCAAGACACUCUUUGUUCGCGAUGCCUCCUCUCCGACCGUCCACGAGGAGAAGGCCUAUGCCAUCGCUUCCGUCUAUACGAAUCCGACUCACCGCAACCAUGGUAUGGCCACACGCCUCCUCAACAAUGUAAAGGAGGCCAUGGACGCCGAAUCCAAGGUGAGCGUGCUGUAUAGCGACAUCGGCACUAUCUACUACUCCCGCAUGGGCUGGGCUGUCUACCCGUCCCUGCAGGUCUCGCUCAUCCCGGACGACGCUUCCGUACUACGUCCUCCUCAGGGUCUCAGGUAUCUCACGGCUGAAGAUGUCCCCGAGUUCUGUGAGAAGGACGUCGAGCUCUUGAGGAAGAAGCUCGCGAACCUACCAGACGACGGAAAGACGCACGUCGCCUUUGCACCGUCGGACGAGCAGAUGCUGUGGCACUUCACGCGCGACGGUUUCAUGGCCAAGGAGCUCGUCAACCGGGAGGUCCUGCGUCGCGGGGUGGCCACCGCCGAUGGAAAGGCAUGGUUGUACUGGGAUCACGACUUCCGUGAGAAGAAGCUGAAGAUUCUUCGGGUCGGUGGCGAUCCUGACGCCGACGUCACCGCACUGCUCCACGCUGCGGUACUGGAGGCUGCGGAUUGGGAACUCGCCAAGGUGCUUGUGUGGAAUCCCGAUGAGGGCGUCUCGGCUUCGGCGAAGAGGGUCAGCGAUCGGACCGAGGGCGCCGUUAGGGUUGUAUUUGACGAGAGGCUUGAUGGGAGCAUCCCAAGCUUGCGGUGGAAAGGCGAGGGUGUGGCUGUGUGGGAUGAUAACGAGUACUACGCAUGGUGCUAG